CUUCAUCAUUCUCGAUGUCAUUUCUCACCUUCAAACACCUACUUGGCAGUAGUUUGUAGGCUUCUCUAAACGUUACCCAUUGCUUCUAUUCCAUCAAGCAAAAUUGCAAUUCUUUACAACAUUUAGAUUGUUUUUGUUAUACAUAACUAUGGUACUAAUUUCAGAUAAAGGUAACUGCACAUAUGAAUAUUAGAGCAAUGGUGCAACGGACCCAGGAGGUGUUUGUACUUGUGUAUCUGACCUUAUUCUCCAAGGCAACUGGUUUCAAACCCUACCCUAAGCCAAGCCUGCCACAAGUUGAGGGUGCGGCGUUUUGUUUGAGUUGGAGACUGGCUGUGGAGGCCGACAAUGUGCGUGCAUGGCGCACGGUGCCAACUCAAUGCCUGCGCUACAUUGAAACCUACAUGAUCGGAGGGCAGUACGACCGAGACGUCGAUUUCCUCGUUGGCCAGAUUCUGAGUUAUGUAAAUGGCAUAGCUCUUUCCGGUGAUGGCAUGGACGCUUGGAUUUUGGACGUGGAUGACACUUGCAUCUCCAAUGUCUUCUACUACAAGAGCAAGAGAUACGGGUGUGAUCCCUAUGACCCAUCUGGGUUCAAGGCAUGGGCAAUGACUGGAGGCUGUCCGGCAAUUCCUGGUAUGCUAGGACUGUUUAGCAAGCUGGUGAGUAGUGGGUUUAAGGUGUUCAUGGUCACAGGAAGAGAUGAAGAAACCCUUGGACAAGUCACUACCGAAAACCUGCAUAAUCAGGGAUUUGUGGGUUAUGAACGGCUGAUUUUGAGGACUGCCGCUUACAAAGGGCAAGGUGCAGUUGCGUACAAAUCAAGCAUUCGGAAGCAAUUGGCAGCAGAAGGUUACAAGAUUUGGGGAAAUGUAGGAGACCAGUGGAGUGAUCUACAGGGAGAUUUUGUGGGGAACCGCACCUUUAAGCUUCCAAACCCCAUGUAUUUUGUUCCUUGAUUUACAAACAUCCAAAUUAUCAGAAUUGUAUCAUAAAUAUUUGCAUGCCUCUGGAGUUAAUCAGUGGAGGCCUUGUUACUUUUACAUGAUCAACAAUUACAAAUAAAAUCAUUGUUGAGUUGAGAGA